AUGGGCGUUCUUUCAAAAGUAGCCGCACUAGGUGCCUUUGCCGGUCUAGCCACAGCCUGGCUACCCGAAACCAACAAGAAGAUCCAGUCCAACAACGGAAACAACCUCUUCACCUCAUCGAACGGCAAAAUCCGAGGUGUAAAUCUCGGCUCGCAAUUCAUCUUCGAGCCAUGGAUUGGAACAAGCGAAUGGAACUCCAUGGGAUGUGGCUCCACGGGCUCCGAAUUCGACUGCGUGAGCUCACUAGGUCAAGACGCCGCCAACACCGCAUUCCAAAAGCACUGGGGUGACUGGAUUACCCAGGACGAUAUCUCGGAAAUGGUCAGCUACAGCCUAAACACCAUUCGAGUCCCCGUGGGAUACUGGCUCCGCGAAGAUCUGGUUUACUCGGACAGCGAGCACUUCCCCCAGGGUGGAUUGGACUUUGUCAAGAAGGUGUGCGGGUGGGCUAGUGAUGCCGGCAUGUAUAUUAUUAUGGAUCUGCAUGGUGCGCCUGGUGCGCAGACUGCUAGUAAUGCGUUUACUGGACAGUUGGCAUCGGAACCGGGGUUCUAUCAGGACUAUCAGUAUGAGCGGGCGUUGAAGUUUUUGGAGUGGAUGACUGGGCUGAUUCAUAGUACGGAUGAGUUUCGGAAUGUGGGUAUGUUGGAGGUUGUCAAUGAGCCUGUUCAGGAUGAUGAUAAGGCUUCGUCGAUGAGGGAGAAUUACUAUCCUAAGGCUUUUGAGCGAAUCCGCGCGAAUGAAACUAGCGCCGGCAUCGACAAGGCCGAUUAUCUCCACAUCCAAAUGAUGGACAAGCUCUGGGGCUCCGGUGAUCCGAACCAGUACAUUGAUGACUUGUACUACGCUGCAUAUGACGACCACCGCUAUCUGAAGUGGGAUACCAGUGUUGAUGCAUCCCACGAUAGCUAUAUCAGCGAGUCUUGCAGCGAUAAUCGCGAUAGUAACACGCCGACGAUUGUGGGAGAAUGGAGCUUGGCAGUUCCCGAUGACGUUGAGUCAGACUCGGACUGGGAUCCGCAGUCUCAAACGGACUUUUAUGGCAAGUGGUUUGCGGCUCAGGUGCAUUCGUACGAGAAGCAGCAGGGUUGGGUGUUUUGGACGUGGAAGGCUCAGUUGAAUGAUUAUCGGUGGUCUUAUCAGGAUGCGGUUAAAGCGGGUGUCAUUCCCAAGGAUCUUAGUACCCUGCAGGAUGUUUGCAAUUAA